AUGGAGCAUGCUCUCAACGCUGAAGAAUUUCUGGCCGAUGUCACAGGAGGAAACAUGGCAGUCGUACGGUGGAAGCACACACCAGAUGCCUCAGACUUUGACGAUGCUGCGGCGUUUGAGAUUAUUCGCAGGGCCAUCAUUUCAGAGAUGAACGACCCGCAGAGGCUCCGCAAGGUCGCGGUCGAGAUUGCGGCCUUGAUACCAGCACUUCGGCCCUCUGAUGAUGUUUUAAAGUCUGUGUGGUACCUGUUUGUGGGGUUGGCGCAACAGACGUCCUCUGGAAAUAUUGCGAUGCUUGAUCUGGUGGUAAUUCUUGACCAUUUAGCUCUGUCGCCAAGGACGACGGCUACGGUGACGGUGGAUGGUUUCGAGCGAUUGAGCCGUCUUCACGGUCUAAACCAAGUCAUCAGAGACUGUAUGACCUCACCAUACCAAUCGACCGACAGGAUGGAAAUCCUCACCCGCUGGAUCAACCUCAACGCCUUCGCCUCCCUCCUCUGGUCCUACAACCUCAUCGACGGCCGCGACUACGCCAUCCAACAACUUCGCACCGCCUUCGAAGACCGCCGCUCGUCAGAUGCCAGUGACCGUGACGGUGCCGACGCACGGCUCAUGGCUGCUGCGCAGUGGGCUAUUCACUCGUGCCAGCGUCUUUAUCAUCUCUCCGUGACUUCUGAGGCGACGUCGCCGGCGGAGGAGCCGCAGCAGACGACGAUGAGUGAGGGGGCGGGAGAAUCCAACGGGAAGAAGGCGAGAAAGAGCAGCAGCAGCAGCAGUGCCGAGAGAUGGAGGUGCGGGCCGCGGUUCAAGGGCCGCGCGGGGUUCUCGUUCAGGAGGUGGGAGUUUUGGCAGCAGGCGUUUGAGGAGGCCAAGGAGUUUGGGGAUUGUGGGAGCGAGACCAAGGUCGAGGCUGGGGCGGCGGCCGGGAUGAUGGAGAAGGCUCUGUAUGCUGGAUUUGAGGUUUAG